AUGGAUUGGCACCGGAUUGUCGAUCCAUUCGGUUCAAGUCAAAAAAAGGUCCAGUAUAGAGAAGGGAACUUCCUGAAAAGUUUCCACUGUACUGUUCAGUGUUCUUUUUUUGAUAGAGAACUAUGUCUGUUACGAAAAUGGAAGUACUCAGGAAUAAAGAUCUGCAGUAAAACUGCAGAAUGCUUUAGAGCUUACCACUUCCAUACAGAAGAUACUGGUAAUACCUGGACAAGUUUUGCAGCACAACGAGAUAUUAUCCUGAAGAAUCAACGACAGACAAGACGAAAAUGUUCCCGAAUCUGUCCAAGAGGAAAGCUUAUUACUGGAACAUCUAAUCGGAACCAAAACAAUCCAAAUCAAAUGUCACGGAAAUCUAUAAGAUGUGGUCACGGGUUUCUAAAUGAUCCAAGAACAUAUUUUUUCUGGUCAAUACCAGAUACAUCUACUCUGGACUUUACGUACCUUACUGCUUUAUGCAGAGAAAGUGAAGAACAACCAGUCGGAAAUGAAACUGAAUGUAUUUUUUUUGAUUCAGUUAAUGUGUCCACCAAACCGACUGUUCACUGUGAGAGUGGUUUAAGGCGGGAACAGUCGACGUCGAUUGUGAAGAGGGUAAUUGCGCAAGGAGUAAUGUCUGGGGCAAAUAAUGGUUGCUCGCGGUCACAAAUAAGGCAUUCAAUGGCAGUGAAAUGGCAAAGACAGUGGUGGGUGAAAGUGUCACAGGAGUUUGUAUCAUCCGGUUACAGGAAACGUGCCCGCAAGCUAAAGGAGAUCAGGCCAUGGUUGUCUGGUAAAAAGAAGACAAACAAGUAA